CUACCCUCCCAUUCACAAGAAAAAAAAAAAAAGCCGAGGCAUCUGUGCAGUGCCGUCCUUUUUCCUUUCCUCUACCCUCCCAUUCAUAAAAACUCACUUCCCUCCCCCUUGGUGGUUGCAACAUCAUAUCCAAAGCUCUGCGUCCACAACCGCAGUCGCCUUUUACGCACCAGAGAGUGGAGAAUAGUGCCGGAGACCCGCACUCUCCUCGUCUAUACCUUUGCUCAUAUUAUUUCCCAACACUUGGACUUAUUUCAUACUACAUUUUUGGGAGCUAUUCACGCUCUCGGAUUGGACUAUAGUCUGCGCGCAAACGUGGUACGCACCGAAGAGAUGACAGUUUUACCCUGAAACACGUAUUGCUAGAUGCUGCUUUAGAGUGAAGACGUGCGAGGCACCGGCCUACACAUGGAGUCCAGGGUUCCCCACCACAUUCCCGGAGUGUCCUCCUCCCUUAUUUCUCAGCCCCUUCUGGACAGUCGGGUGCCUUAUGGCCGCCUGCAGCAUCCCCUCACCAUCUACCCCAUCGACCAGAUAAAGUCAUCGCAUGUGGAGAAUGACUACAUCGACAGCCCUGCCGUCGUCUCCCAGCAGCCCCCGAGCCAGAAGACUAUGAACCGCAGAAUCACCUGGUUAGGCCAGAAUCAAGAGACCUUCCUGGGGGCGAACAAUAACCAUCAUCACAAUCACCAACAGCAGCACCACCAGCAGGGCAGGUGUGAGUCCCACCAUCACCAGGACACCACCACCCACCCUUGGAUUUCCUUCAGUGGGAGGCCCAGCUCCAUCAGCAGCAGCAGCAGUACAUCAUCUGAUCAGAGGCUGUUGGACCAUGCUGCACCCACCCCGACGGUGGACCACCACCCAAACCUGCACCCUCACCAGGGUGCUGUCAACACAAUCACCACCCGAACUCCUGGCUGCUUCACUUCCUCUGAAUCUAAAGUCCUCACCUCCUCUUCUUCCGCUUCCUCCUGCUCCUCCUCCUCUAAAUCUCUGGACCUCAAGUCUCCAAAGAUGACUACAGGAGGUCCGUGCCCACCCACCAGCCAGCAGGGGUUGGCAUUGAUUCCUUCCUCCCCAGCCGAGAAGAAGCACCUCCUUCUUUGUGAGCACUGCGGGAAGUGCAGAUGCACGGAGUGUACACUCCCCCGAACCCUACCCUCUUGCUGGGUCUGCAACCAGGAGUGCCUGUGCUCUGCUCAGAGCCUGGUGGAUACAGCCACCUGCAUGUGCCUGGUUAAAGGAAUCUUCUACCACUGCACCGAGGAUGAGGACGACGAGGGUUCCUGUGCUGACAAGCCCUGCUCGUGUUCUCAGGCCAACUGCUGCGCACGCUGGUCCUUCAUGGCUGCCCUUUCCUUUGUCCUGCCCUGCCUGGUCUGCUACCUGCCAGCUAUGGGCUUGGCCAAACUGGGACAGAAGUGUUACGACAAUGUAAGCAGGCCCGGCUGCCGCUGCAAGAACUCGCAGGGUGGCGUGAAUGUGUGUAAAAACGGAGGUGUGGAAGCUAAAGUCGGGACACUAGAGAAGCAGCAGCAGGGGUCAUGAUACUGGACCAAAGUGGCCGGUGAGGGCCUCACUGAUAAAAUGGACAAGACCGUGCAGUACUCGCUUGUUCUCUAUGGAUAGGACAAUCCAAAAUCCCUUAAACUACCCCAUUAAUCUGCUGGAAGAUGACUUGUAAAACAAAGGUACUUAAAUGGCUUCUUUACCUAUGUUGAAAAGGGUGGAGGAUGAGAACAGGCCUGAUCUGACAGAGUUGGCCAAUAGGAAUAACUAACAGGCCCUCUUGAGAAUUGUCUCCUGUCAGAGUGACAUUAGAAGAAGAGACUAGACUGUGGGACUUGUGUUUUUCAAAAGAUGGCUGAAGGCACAAAGUCAUUGUACCUCUCUGCUGCUCUGUAUUUUGUCAGCUAAUUUUUGUAAUGGUAACUAACCAGAAGCUGGUUGCUGAUCCUCUGAUAACACCGAAGUUAUAUUAUGGAGAUAAAUAUCUGUCCACCUCCCCUCCCACCCCCAAAAGCACAGCCCGGUGUCCCUCUGUCUGAACAAACAUGAAAACAAGUGAUUACCUAUACUGUGGCUUCAUGACAGGCUACAGCAGGAGUGAAACCAUCACUUAACUCACUCACUCUCUCCACUAUUAUGAUGAUCACCAUCUCUUAGUGUCGCCAUUCUUCCUCUUAUAGCUUAAAGAUGCUAGCUUGGUAUUGCUAACAUUUGAUCUCAAAGUUUCUAUCUCCGCAGAGGAGCUGUAAUAACAAACAUUUUCAGACUUUAGAAUAACUGUAAUUUCCCAUAAUUCUCACUCUGUACCAUGUGUAUGCAGUUUUACUGCAGGUGACAGAGCGAAAAUCACUUUAUUGUAAGUUUUUAGGGCGAAAAACCAGACCUUCUUAAAGAUUUUGAAUGCUGUUCACCAAUCACCUCAGAGGUAAUGCAUGUCAUGACCUGCAUGCUCUAGUCUAAUGGUUACCCAUCGUGCUAGAAGUCGAUGUGUCGUAGAGAAAUGUAUAAAAAGUACACCCAACCUUCUCAGGGACUGUUACAGUAAUCCACUAUAGAACUUGGCCUAUAGCAUGCUGAUUUUAAAACUGCCUAAGAGCCUAGUCUACUUCCUCUUUGCACAUGGCGGCAAAGACACAUUUAGGGGCGAAAAAGGCAAUAGUGAAUAAUUUAAAACGAGUAAGCUAAGUAAGAGACAAAAUGGCCAGAAAAUAAUGUUUUUUCUACAGGAGUGGGGAGGCAAGUGAGUGAGAGUGAGGAGGAAGAGGAGGAGGAGAAACGGCAAAGCAAAGUUGUUGUGUUUGUAUCUUGUCAGCCUUAGUCAAAAUCAACCUGCCACUUGCACAACCUUUUUAGGAAGACGCAACCCCUUAAAGGAUGUACUAAAGCACAGUAUUAACCACCUCAGCUAUCUCACAUUACGUUGGCGUGCACUACAUUUAGUCCACACCCCCAGCCACCCUCUACACACACAUACAUACACAUACACACUCGAGUGUCUUCAUCAAAGUCUAAUCAUUCUGCUGCAUAGCUGCAUUAGUCGGAUAGUCUAUCUUUUAUUCUUAAAGUCUAUUUUUGUGGCUUGCAUGAAGUUCCUAGGACUUUGCCAAAGGAAGCUAGUGUCCAGUAGCAUGUUUUUUGCUGUCUGAGUGAUCACAGUUGUUAUGCACUCUUGCCAAAUAGAGUUGAAGGUAGUUAGUUCUUAAAGGCAUACUAGCCUUUAACACAGAUGGCCUUUUUUCUGUUUGGCAUAAAGGGAUACAGUCUUUGUUGCUCCAUAACACACCUCUCUUUUCACAUUUGGAUCCUUAACUUCCAUUAACCUGCUCAUACCUGUAUUUGUCUUGUUGCACAAAGCUGAUAUCACACAGGAAAAACAAAGGAAAGAAAAAAAAAACACUGUCCUUAGUCUUGAAUGUAUGAGGCAAUAUUUUCAAAACCUAGCAAUUCAUUCUGAGAGAAAGGUGCCAAAACUGAGAAUGAUUGUGUGUGACUAGGCAAAGGCCUAGUACAGGGAGGUGGGGAGCAAAAAUCACAAAUGUUUUGACAAUAUAUUUAGAAAUAGAGCUAUGCAGGUGAAAUGUUAUUUGCUGUAAAUAGUUUCACAACAUUUGUGUUCUUUAGAAGAGACUUUUAAAUGUCCUUGAAAGAUUGCAUGGUACAUUAUAACUACAAUUCAGUACAAAAUAUAUAGAGAAUAUAUUAGAUAUAUAUAUUUUGAGGGUAAGAAUAAAAUGUUUUUGAAGUUGUGAGGAAAAGAUGGAAGGCGACGAGGGGAAGAUUAGGGACGGGGUAACAAAAAUGACAGGUCUUUCUAUCACAGGCACUUAAUUUAGAAAAGUGUGCCCGGCAAUAAAAAAAAAUAGUUAAAAAAAAGCCCUACUGUUUAUGCUAUCCAUGGCUCAUUAGCAGUCGAGAGGCUAAGCUAAUUCCCUGGUUCUUCCCCGAGUCCUAAAGACUGUGGACUCAUUGAAUCCACACAGGGAACACAAUCUACCCUAUCCGGAUCAACCCAUUUCCUGCUGUUAGCGCUCAGUGUCUCGGCUCUAUAGCUUGUUUUUUUUUUUUUUUUUUUUUUUUUCCAAUACUCUUUCAUGCUUCUUUUUCUCUACCUCUCUUCCACCCCUCCUUCCCUCCUUCCUCACUGAGAAAUUGUCCAACAAACACCCCUGGCCUUGAUUGACAAACACAGCUGCUGUGCAUAAACUUGUCAUACCACAGAGGAGGGAGAGAAAGACAAGUCUGUCUCUCUUUCUCCACAUUUUCUCUCGCUCUUUUCUUUGUUUUUUCUCCUCUCGAGCUGUGUUCAAGUGCCAUCUUUUUCACCAGUGAACCUCUUUCUCAACAGCAGUUUUCUCCCUUUAUUCCCUUUCUCAAUCACUGCAAGAAUAACGUUCUUUGCUCCCAUUAGCUUUAUACUUUAUACAUGUGCUCGCUAGCCUGUUCAACAAUUAAUCACCAACAGUGACAACUCAAUGAUACAACUUUUUUUCUCCUUUUUUGCUACAAUGCUGUGACUUUUACACGCCCAUACCCUUACCUUUUGUGUCGCUCAUUUGUGGGCAUGAUAUGUUUUUUUUUUUUAUUAUUAUUAUUAUUAUUUUCAACCCAAACAAGAGGAAAAGUCUCAUACAGCUGGAUGAUGCUACUCCAUUCCAUUUUUGCCUUUGCAAUGUCAAUGUUGGGGAUUCAGAAACGAGAUCUGUGCUUUUGUUUUGUUUAGAUAUAACAAAAAGAAAAAAAUCUCUCAUAUAAAAGGUUCCCUUUAUAGAUAUAUUUAUUUUGAAGUUCUAUUUUAUAUAGUAUUUAUUUAGAUGCCAACUUUUUGUUUGUGAAGAAAGCUUAUGUCGAAAUGGAAUGUACCUUGACAAUGGAAAUAUAUAUUGUUAAAUAUA